AUGGCCCAAGAAUUGACCAUCAAGAACUGGGACCCGCUUGAGGGAACGCCCGAUUUGACGGGCAAAGUCGCAUUCAUCACCGGCGGCAACUGCGGCCUAGGCCUCAUGACCGUCAAGUUCCUCGCCCUGCGCGGCGCGAAAGUCUAUCUCGGGACCCGCGACGAGGGCCGCACGCAGACCGCCAUGUCCGCAUUGCUGGCGCAAAAUGGCGCCAUCAAGGCGGCGCAGCUGCACCAGAUCCAUCUCGACUUGGCCGACGUCACGACCGCAGUCCGCGCCGCAGACGCCUUCAAGGAGAAGGAGUCGAGGCUCGACAUUCUAACCAGCCCCAGCUUCAUCCUCGAGGUUGACCACCGUUCCAGUUUCGCAUUCCACUUCCUCCUGACGAACCAGCUCCUCCCCCUCCUCAAAGCCACGGCCCGUCUGCCGGGGACAGACGUCCGCAUCGUCGGCCUCACCUCGGGCGCCGCAUCCAGCUUCCUGCCCGCGGGCUACAAGCCGAACUUCACGUCCGGCGACGUCCUCGCCGACCCGGCCCCGUACUACCCCUGGGCCUGGCGCUGGCUCACGAGCAGGGUCUUCGUGCUCGACAUGAUCCUCUACUCCAUCGGCAAGAUUGCCGGCACGGGGUUCAUCCGGGCACUGCAGCGUCGGCUCGACGAGGAAGGGGUGCCGGUGCUCUGCACGUCGAUCCAUCCCGGCGAGGUGCGUACCGAUAAGACGGUUGGGUCGAUGGUGCCGUGGCUCGCGUCGCUUGUGGACGGCAACUUCUUGUCGUUGGAGGAGGGGUCUGGGCACACUGUUUUCGCGGCGGCGGCGCCGCAGGUCAGAGAGGAGGAGGCAAAGUACAAGGGGCAGUAUCUCAUGCCGCUGGGCAAGGUUGCGAAGUUGCAUCCGCUUGUGGAGAAUGAUGAGCAGAUUCAGGGGCUGUGGCGGGACUCGGAGGCGGCCAUCAACGAGGUAUUGGCGGAGCAGGGACUGCACGAGAUGUUGCCUUGGUAG